AUUUAUUAUCAUCCGUGUGUGUGUCAUGACUUCAGCUCUGAUUUGCGAUUUAAAAUUGCACAAUGCGGCGUUACAUUCGUGCACUGGCGCUGUGCACGGUGUUUGCCGUGUUUUCGGGCCUUUAUGUUUACAAUAAGCUCUUUUACUCGGACGUGUCGGCCGGAGGAGCCGGUGCAAGGAGGGUUUUCGUCCCCGGAGUCAGACGAGGGGCCGUGGGCAAAACUGGGCCCCAAACUACACACUGGUAUAAUAGGUACAUCAUGCGUCAGCGGGCCCAGGUGGAGAGCGGCGGCAGCCAGCGCAGGCCUGAGCCUCCCAUGCAUUUGGCGGUGGUGGCCUGUGGCCCGAGGCUGGAGGAGACUCUCACCAUGAUCAAGUCUGCUGUCCUCCUCAGCAUCAGACACCUCUGCCUGCACAUCUUCGCUGAAGAUCAGCUACACGCCAGCUUCAUGGAAGCUUUGGAGUCGUGGCCUGGCUUUAUUCGCUCCAGGUUCAACUACACAGUCUACUCCAUCAGCUUCCCCAGUGAGAACGCAGCCGAGUGGAAGAAACUCUUCAAACCGUGCGCUUCUCAGCGGCUUUUCCUACCUCUGAUCCUAAAGAAAGUGGACUCUGUAGUUUACGUCGACUCAGACAUCCUCUUCCUACAGCCCGUGGACCGGCUGUGGGCGCUCCUCUCUCAGUUUAACUCCUCCCAGCUGGCAGCCGUGGCCCCGGAGCACGAGGAACCUCGCAUCGCCUGGUACAACCGCUUCGCCCGCCACCCCUUUUAUGGAAGAACAGGCAUCAACUCAGGUGUCAUGUUGAUGAACAUGACCAGGAUAAGGAACACAUACUUUAAGAAUGACAUGACGACGGUGGGGCUGCGUUGGGAGGAGCUGCUGAUGCCUCUACUGCAGAAAUACAAACUCAACAUAACCUGGGGAGACCAAGACCUUCUCAAUAUCAUCUUCCACCACAACCCUGAGUGUCUGCUGGAGUUCCCGUGCAAGUGGAACUACCGUCCUGACCACUGUAUCUACGGCAGUAACUGUGCCUCAGCUGAGGAAAGCGGCAUCUACAUACUCCAUGGAAACAGAGGGGUUUACCACGACCACAAACAGCCUGCCUUCAGAGCUGUUUACGAGGCCAUAAGAAAGUACUCAUUUGGUGCAGACGCAGCGAAUUCUCUGCUGGCUCCUUUAGAAGAAGAGCUUUUGAAGACGACGCAUACCUACUGCGGCAAAUCCCACACCCUCUUCACAAAGAGACUGGCUCAGAGUCUGUCCAACAUCAACAGGAACGCCACACGUGGACGGUGACCACAGUGGAUGACCGCAACUGGACGGAGGUGUUGUGAGGUUAUGACAGUGGUUCGAGAGGCCGCUCCAUAAACCUCACUCUUGUUUGCUUGCUUCCUCUGGAUAAUGAUGUCAUCUAAAUGCCCAAACUGUAAUUGCCAUGUAGCGUGGGCCAGCUGGUCUUGCAGCUGAGUAUUGAACUAAGUGGAGAAGAAGAUUUGGUACAGACCAUACAGAAGGCUUUUGCAGGUGUUGGCUGAAGUCUGUCACAGACUGAAAUGUAUUUAUAGCUUACCAGCAACGGGAGGAUUGUUUUCUAAACCAACACUCGUCUAAGCUCUUCCAUGUGAUGGUUUUCUGCCUCCCACACCUUCUGUUACUGACUACAGAAAACUCCUCAUGAUGCAAGAGAUCUGAAAAACUUUGGAAGAGCAGCUCUUGACUUUCCAUUUUGGAGAAUGUACUGGACCCGAUGAAACAGUAAAAAUAGACAAACUGUAUCAGAACUGGAGAAAGGCUUCCUGCAGAGCCUGUUUGACAUGUACGCACUGGACCACUUUGUUAACUAGUGAAAAUGAAAAUAUUCUUUGGAUGUUCAGACAACAAAUACUGUAAAAUGAUAUGGUAUGACUGAUUAAAUCUGCUGUUCUUCAUGAGUUAUUUCUACAGUGGCAGGGGCAGAGUAAGUGGCAUCUGUCAUAUCCUAUAGAGUAUACAAUUAACACAGUUGUAUAAGUUAUACAAAAAAUAUUUUGAUUCAAAAAUAAGCUAAACAAGAUUAACAGGGUGAUUCAAAAGCUGUUCUUGUCCACUAGGUUUAACAUAUUUUGAUGCCACACUCAAUGUUAAAAGGCGGUGCCUCCAAUAUGUUUGUACUUUCUGUGUUUAAUUUGUUUUUCUUUGUCAGUAAAAAAAUUCCACGUUUCUAUAAUGUGUUUUUGCACUGAACGUUGCCCAAACAGAAAGAGAUACACAUGUGCUGUGUCAAGCUAGAUGAACAGCCUAUAGUCAUCCUGAAAAAAAUUACUGUAAACAUGUGAAUAAGUACAGCUUCCCAGCUACAAUGUGGUGAUUUUUUUUUUAUUUUUAUUAUUAUUAUUAUUAUUUUUUUUUGGCACAGUUGAAUGUAUUUUGAAUGCCAGUAGUGGAAAUCCAAACGUUAUAAAUGUAUGGUUCAUGUUUUUGUGGUUGUAAUACACCGAUAGCUUUGAGUGUUUAUUUUUUUAUCAUGUAAAGAAAUGAAAUUGCCUUUUUUUUCUUACAUUAAAGGUCAUUUUAAUU